CACGAAUCCUGGCCUUAAGGAACUUCAGGUACAUGUACCUAGAAGUUGCGUCCACAUUGGCGGGAUCUCUUUGUCUGGUAUAACACGACCUCAAAGUUUUAUUCCACAUGAGUUGGAAGGUCUGAGUAUUGCCCGAAUGGAAAUCUUUCAGGUUUCUCACUGCCCGUAUCUCUUCGUACGAAAACUCGCAUCUUAUCUUUCAAAGAUCCCAUUAGACACCAUGAUGACGGAUGACAACAAACAGCUCCCCAAUGCCGAAGCUCUCUCGAUGCCCAUCAUGCGGGGCCAGACAAUCACAGUUCCGUUUCCCCUCCACCAAAGACACUCGGUAUUGAACCGGUGCACUUCUCCACGGUCCUGACUUGGUUUCUGGCUAUAUAUAUUGCCGUGAUAUUCUAAUCCAAGACAUGGCUUCCUACGUACGUUCUUUACAGCGGCUUACUACCACCUCAGCUCUAGGUUCAAGGUCGCAGACCGCACUUCGAUAUACUCGUCUCACUCCGCUGCAAGUCUCCAGAAAGGAGUCCAACAUGUCCCUUGCAACUCUCGACGUGCGGCAACACCCCAACCUUCGAUCGUCCUCCGAAACCCUGUUCGAGGCCAAGGCAAAGAAGAAGGUUACAUUUGAGGCUAUCGGGAAAGAGCUGGGUCGUGACGAGGUCGCAGUGGCUGCUUUGUUCUACGGACAGGCCAAGGCCUCUCCGGAAGACGUAAAGAAACUAUCGGAAUACUUUGGGCUCGACCAUGCGACCCUGGAGGCGCAAAUGACGGGCUUCCCCGACCGGGGAAAGAGCGUCGAGAUGCCCCCGAGAGAGCCUCUAAUUUACCGUCUGUAUGAGAUUGUGCAAAAUUAUGGUUACGCAUACAAAGCUGUUUUGAAUGAAAAGUUUGGAGAUGGGAUCAUGAGCGCCAUCUCGUUCUCGACUCACGUUGAAAAGGAGGUUGACAAGGACGGCAACACAUGGGUCAAUAUCCACCUCCGGGGCAAGUGGCUGCCAUUUACUCGCUUUUGAGAUAUGAUGAAAUGGAAUUUCCGGCCACGACCAAACGACACGAGCAUUACUUCCGGAAGCAUUUCCAUUGUUGUUCCUUUCCAUGAUUGCAAUAUUGGUUCGGAGAAUGUCUUUGACCUCGAAAUAGUCGAAAGCGUCCGGUGUGUGUCAUAUUCCAGCCUCUGGGUUGUGUAUGUGUGCUCUGUUCCAGGAUAUUUGCUUUGUGUGGGGAAAGAACAAUAUCAAGCAAGAACAAUAUUAAGCUCCUCAACCCUUCCAUUCAG